CGCGAGCCUCCACCAACCAGCUGCUCCGCCUGGCCGGCGCGAUUGUGCGAGCACACGUUUGUGCGCAGGUUCGAAUAUCCGCCGUUUCGCGCUUGCUCCCCAACGUCCAGCCGCACCUCCGCGGCUGCGAGGGCCGUGCGCGCGGGCUGUGGGGAACCCAGCUGCCCCGCCCCCCCCCAGAGCGCCCUUCCUCAGCUUCCUGUUGCCACCUCGCCCCAGCUGAUCUUCCCCCUUCUUUGCGCGCUCCGCCCCCGCCCUCCGCCCUCCGCCUCCGCAGCUAUCGGCGCUCGGUUUCCCGCGCCCGGCAGGCUCCGCGCGAGCCUCUGGGGCCCAUGGCCAAGCGGCGUGCGGCCGAGCCGCUGACGUUCCACGUGCCUUGGAAGCGGCUCCUGCUUUGCGACUUUCCGGAGGAGCCGCCGCCACCGUUCUGGAUCCCGCCGCCCGGGGUCUCUCAUCCCGGGCAGCCCGUCGGCGUCCCGGAGCUGCCCCGAAAGCGCAGAAUCGACUCGGGGGCUAUGACUGAGCCUUCGGCUUCGCCGAGCAAGCGCCGCGAUGGCGGGGACACCAGCGCUCCCGGCGGCGCGGAGCGUGAGGGCCGCGGCUUAGAGACCGGCGAGCCGCCGCUGCUGCAGCCUCCCGAGCAGCCCCACGGGCCGGGGGAGGAGCCGCGGGGCGCCCGGCCCCCUCGGGGCAGUGGCGACGAAGGGGCGGGGCGCGCAGAGUCCCCGCGUGGAGACUGGGGGCCCGCACAGCGCCAGCUCAAUGAAGAAUUUUGGCAGUAUAAUACGUUCCAGUACUGGAGGAAUCCUUUACCACCUAUUGAUCUGGCAGACAUUGAAGGUAUAAAUGAAGACAACCUGACAGAAGCAAGGCUUCAGUGCAAGAAUGAAGUGGUUGAGAUUGACAUGGAGUCCUGACAGAGGAGCUGAAGAAAUGGAUUUUUCUGAAUUUGAGGAGACGUCUCUAAGUGAAUUUAUGUAUUCUUAAGGAAAAUAGUUAUUUUCCAUACUUAAUGUGAUUUCAUUCCCAAACCUGAAAAAUGAGGAAAAGCUGUUUAAAAGAUAAAUGCCUGUAGUCACUACUGAAAGUCCCAAUAGGAUUUGUCAAGGAUAUAGUGCAAUUAUAGGGGAAGUAUUUUAUGUAUGCAUUCUUAAAAAUUGAAUUAGAUUCUAAAUUUGAAGAUCUAGAUCAUAUAAAAGAAUUCUGACAGUUUUAGAAAUAGGUGGGAAACGUUCAAAUAUUCCUCUCUGCAACAAAAAGUUAAUUGUGGUACAUGAAGUGAAUAUUUUAUUAUUAAUAAAAUGCUUUGUAAUACACAUUGAUUCUUAGUUGAACAAAUAGCUGACUUAAACAUCUAUGCAAACUUAAAAUGUGGGGGAUUCUUUCUGAAAGCUGGUAUUGUUGGAAAAGAACUUUCUAAAUGUAAAGUGAGAAUUUCAAUUUGGGUAGCCUUUUGCAUAACUUCCAAUAUUUGAUGUUUGUUAAACUCUACUUUGGGCUAUCAAAAAUGGAUAAAGAACAAUGAGGAAUGAAUAUAUGCUUCCCUUCCCCCUUUCCCAGAAUAAGAGGAAAGACGUUUAUUGCAUUUCUUUUUAAAAUUUCUUGGUUUUGAAUUGCCUCAAGGGCAUGGUUUUUAUUGCUUAUUCCUUUAGACUUGUAGUUCUCAACACUGAAAACACUUCACACAUCUUUGCCUGGGCCCCACUUUCAUUUAAUUGUUCUGAUGUGGGCCCUGAGUACAGCUAUUUUUUUUAAGCACCAAUCCUCCUUCCUCUCCCCAUCCCUCUAAUGUGCAGACAGGUUUGAGAACCACUAGACUAAUGGUAGUUUUUCCUGUUUAAAGGAGAUAACUAAUUUGAUCUGAAGCAAUGCCUCUUAAUUAACUUUGUUUUUAUUUUGCUCUGUUAUGGCUUUGUUACAACUAAAUUAUUGUGUUACUAUUUCAUUGUUAAAGAAAUAAAGUAAGCAGUUUGUGUUUGAGUUAUAUGACUAUCAGUGAUUAAGUUAAUUAACUUUUAUAUUGUAUCCACAAUGUUGGCUUUGUAAUUGAGUAAUUUGUCCUUGUUUGUAUGUUUUUUAUUGUUUAUGACAUUAGAUGCAAAAUUCAGGAAGGAUGAUAAAUGCCAAUGAGAGUGGGGCAAAAAUCGAUGUUUUGUGUGCCCUGCAGGAUUUAAAUAUGUGUUGACAUUAAUAAGAAUAUCUAGAAAAGAAGGCAAAUUAUAUAGUAUUCUGGUUAAGAGUUAAGGCUUUGGAGUCAGACAUGUUUCAAAGUCUUGUACUGCCACUUUCUAACUGUAACAUUAAGCAGGUUAUUUUUCAUCUCCAGAUUGUUCACUUGUAAAUUGAAAAAUAAUAAAUAGUAUCUACCUCAGA